GAUGCAAAGGAGGUUCCGGCAAGUUUGCAGUGCUCUGAAAGAGCAGAGUCACGUGAGAUAUGCAAAGAUAGCAUCAGCGGGUGGAUACUCAAACAUGAAUACGAUGAUGAUAAAGGCAACAACACCCGACGAUGUUCCACUUCAAGACAAAUACAUUGAAUACUUUUUGACACUCUUUUCGCUUUCUCCCUCUUCAUGCCACUCCUUUGCAAUCACAUUCACUCGCCGAUUCGGAACCACUCGCAGCUGGAGGGUCGCCCUCAAAUGCCUCAUUCUUCUCCACCGUUUGCUCCGCUCUGUUCCCGGAAACAGCCCUCUUUCCGAGCAACUCCUUUGGAUUCGUUCCAAUGGCUUGAUCUCUCUCCACCCUUGCCAUUUCAGGGACACUUGUUCUUCCUCUUCCCAUUCCUACACCAACUUCAUCAGAUCCUAUGCUCAUCUUCUUGAUGUCAUGCUGGAUUCCACAGACUUUGAAGACCAACAACAAGAACAAGUGCUUGAACUGUUGCCGCAACUGCAGAGCGUGAUUGAUAGGGCCAUGGAUUGUUUCCCAGUGGGACUAGCAGCACAGAGUUUCAUGGUGCACUCGGCAAUGAAGCUCAUAAUCCGCGACGGUUUCGUUUGCUACACCAGAUUCAGGAAAGAGAUGGCGGCGGUUUUGGACAAUCUGCUUCAGAUGCCAUAUAGAAGCUGCAUAGCGGCUUUCAACAUAUACAAGAAAGCAUCAGUGCAAUCAAAUCAGCUCUAUGAGUUCCAUGAAUGGUGUAGGGCUAAAGGGUUGUGUGGUUCCUAUGAGUACCCUUUGGUGGAUCCAAUACCACACAUACAAAUCAAAGCUCUUGAAACUUUUCUCAGCGGUAUGUGGCAGUUAACUGAGGACGAAGAGGAGGAGAAGCCACUGAUUGAUGUUGAAGAUGAUCAAGUUAGUUGGGAGACACUGUUGGAAACCUCUCUUACUUUUCCUCAUCAGAAUGACAGACAUGGACAUGAAGAUGAACAGGCUGCUGCUAGUGCUUAUAAUCCUUUCUAUCAGCCAAAUGAACAUUGUGGGAGUUUCCCUCGUAACCCUUCGUACCCUUGGGGUCUAUGACAGUUUAAAGUCAAAUGCAGCUUCACCAUAUCAGUAUUUCAUUGUUUCCUCCUUUUGAUCAUUUUUUGAUUGUUGAUUACUGAUGAUUAUUAAUGUCAA